GUUAUCUCCCUUUGUGGAAGUUUUGCUCAUCAUGUGAUGCAGGGAGCAAAGUGAAAAUAAACAACGAAGGGCGGAACAUAUCAAUAAAUGCCAAAGUAUAACACACUCUGGUAAUGUGUUUGGGUGUCAAGAUGGUCAGUUGAAAAGAAAAACUUUGAUGACCAUGGCUGACCCUCCAGGAUGGACACAUCUUCUGUUGGAGUCCGGCCGACUGGAAACCCUUCAAACUCCAUUGCGGGGUUCAGCUCGACUCAAGUUCACAUGCUUGUCUGUGUCUACAAGAUUCAUAGCCCUAGGGAGCAACACUGGAAAUGUAUACAUCUUUGAUAGAAAUACUCAAAAGCAUCUCCAAGUUGUGUUUCCAGAGGUGGAUCCAGCAGCAGUGAAUGUUGUGGCCUUGUGUCCCAAUGAGAAGUUAGUGGCCUUCUCAACACUGAAUGGCCAUGUCAUAGUGAUGGAAAUGAAUGUUGAUAAACGUGCUCGACCAGAGAGACUGAAGCUCAUCACUGAACAUAUGAGGACUACAGUUACCUGUAUUCAGUGGGAACAUUCUGGCGGGAAAAUCUAUGUAGCAGACGCUACAGGCAAAGUUUCCACGUCAGUUGUCCCCAAGGUGAAGAAUCUGGUAGUAAUGCCUGCAGACGUCAUCAUGCGUCUUGAGUCAUCAGUAAUCCAGAUGGACUGGUCUGACAACAAAUUGCUGGUUUCCACAAUGACAAGAGCCUACUUGUGUAACACCAUAAGACAACAGUAUUCACAGAUUGGAAAGAAACCAAGGGAGGGAGAGUAUGGUGCCUGUUUUUACAAGCUGAGUAAAACGUCCCUUCCUAUGAUGUACUGUGCACGGCCAAGUUCUCGCGUCUGGGAGGUAGACUACGAAGGCAAUGUUCUCAGUACUCACCAGUUUAAACAUCUUUUGGCCAUACCACCUAUUAAAGUGAUUGACAUCAAUGAGAAAGAGUGGGCUACAACACCAGCAGCAGAGUGGGCAGGACAGGGUAUCAACUUACCUCGACUGAAAAUGUUUGGGUCGCAGUAUUUGGUGAGCUGGAGAAACAACCGAGUGUAUGUUCUAAAUCCAGUCAAGGUGAAGGUCAUUCUUUGGACAGAACUAGAGACAGGUAUCAAGGACAUGUGUACUGUGAAGAGUGACAUGUACCUGUUUCUGACAAGUGGUGAGGUGCAGAGGAUCCAAAUGUUUUCUGUGUCUCAGGUUGUCUCCAUCCUUCAGAAAAAGAAUGUGAUGCUAGCCGCAGAUCUGUGUCAUAAAUUCCAGCAGGUACUUCUCAAGGGAAAGUGGCGGAGACAUUUAUCUGUAGAGAGACUACAGAAUAUUCAGCAACAGAUCAAAGGAACAGACUUGGAGCAGGUCUACAACAAUUUUAUGGUAGAAGUUUUAAAGAAAGAAAACAUUGAUGACUCGUAUGAUGAGGAUAGUUCUGAGUCAAAUAGAAGUAGGUCGAGUAGUUCUGCUUCUGUCCAGAGUUACAGCAGGGUUCUGAACACUGUCAAUAUGCCAUCUACAGAGGACGCCAUCUUAGAUUGUGUAGAUACAGUAUCUGAUGGUGACUCACAUAAAGAAUUUUCAGCUACAGAAUUUCCUCCCAAUGGUGAAAGUUUUGGACAGGCAUGUAAGGAUCACAGUGAUGCUCCUAAUGAAUGUCAUAGUGGUACUGACAAUACACAGGAACAAGAUGUGUCAGGAGAAAUAUCUGUAGAAGAACAUUCUGGACCUCAUUCACAAAAGUUAGAGUCUAAUGAGGUCAUAGUUGGCAAAAACAUUAUCAAUAUCGAAGAUGAGAUUGGUGAGGGUAUCCUGGACAGCAGUCAUGACCUUGAGCCUGGUUGUGAUUUAGAAAAUGAUGGAGAAAGAAAUGGGAAGACAUCACUUGAGACCCCUAGUGCCUUGCUUCAUGUAGAUGGUAACAAUGCAGAUGGUAACCAUGUAGAUGGUAAUCAUGACGAUAAUAGUGCUACUAUUCGUACAGGAGAUGAAGUAGACAAUAUUUUGCCAAUCAAAUCACAAGAGAUCCUGCAAAAUGAUGAAGACCUUGCUCCAGUGCUGGCUUUGACUCCGACCUUAGAGGUGUCCAGUAACGUAGGGAGGGGGAAGAAAAAGAAAAGAGUGAAAACAGUAAAUCUUGGUGUUACCAGUAAAGGGAACAAAACCAGGCAGAAAGGUACCAAGUCUGGUGGCAGUAUAAAACGAUCAUCAAGUACCAGUGUAAUUGAGGGAAUGUCAAAUGAUACAGGUUCCUUAACAAAGUCCUUAUCUCUGGAUAUUUAUGAGGAUGACAUUUUUUCUGAAGAGACUGUCCACUUAGGAAUAAGCCCAUCACAAGAGAAGAAUGUAGAAAAUAAGGCAAAUCUGUCAGAGGUCAAUUCAGAGAAGUCACGGUCAUCACUUGGUGGUAUUAUGGCAGAGGGCUGUGAUCCUGUGUCUGGAACAUCCCUAAAACCACCAAACAAUGGGACUCGGACCAACGACAGAAAGAAUGAUGGAAUGAUGAAGGUGAAAAGUGAGUCAGACAUUGCAGCCAACCUUCUUUCAGCUCAUAGUGCCCCACACAGAAACAAUGGACACAGACCUUCCUCUGUCCUCAAUGGUAGUUGUGAUGGAAAAACAGCUGAAUUCUCCAACAGCUAUGAAAGGAAAUCGGCUGAAUUCAUGAGUAGUACAGACAAAAAAGACCUGACAUCAAGCUUUGACUCCAGCAGUCUUGGCUCCUCCCCGUCCCAGAGUCCGCUCAGUCAGUCAUGGGAGGGGCCAACAGGGGGUAGUCACACCAGCACCUCACCUAAAGUGUCACUCAUCAGUAUGAAAGAUAGUUUGCAGUCAAAGUUCACAGUGACCAAGAGGAGGCUACUAAAGACAAUCAAGGAAAAGACUUUGUUAACAAAGUCUCCCUCACAUGAGGACCUGUCGACGAUGAAUGUACUGUCGAAGUCCCUGUCUGGAGAGGACCUGUUAAUGAUGGAUUCUGUACCAGAUAAAACAAAAUCAGGCUUUGGCAGCAUCGCGGAAGGCAGCCAUGAACAAGAAAGAAGACCUGAACCACCUGUAGAUUUAUCUGAUUUACUGGCAAAGACUGAAAGUACACUGAAGAUGCUGCAAGACACAGCCAUGUUAUUAAAUAGAGACGCUGUAUUGGAGACAUUGAGGGGUUGGGUUGUUCAGUUGAACAUUACCCUACAUGAAUUACACACUCAACUUUACAACAACCGGUUAAGGACAGACAUCAAUACUUCUGGUCGGGUACAAGACAAAGACGAAAACAAUUUCAGGGACUUUGAAGGAUGACGUAAGACAGGAAGAAGAUGGAAAAGA